UUAGCACAUGAAGAAGACGGAAAACCAGCGGCGGAGUUAGCAAAAUCUCAGACGGAGUUUCCGAAGAAACCCCUGAAAAACCUCCAACCUCACCGUAUAUUCCAUCCCCCCACACCCACCCUUAGAUCCUAAUCCGACGCUCCAUCUCUCUCUCUCUCUUCUCUCUCUCUCUCUCUCUCUCUCUCUUCAGUACACACACACCUCCAUCCCACUCACUCUCCACCAUUUCCAAAGAAAAAAAUUAUUUAAAAGAAAUUCCUUCACAACCAUUUACGCAUUGAUAUAAGCUUUCAGAUCUCCAUCGCCGGAAAACGCCAUCGAUUGAAAUGGCGUCGUUAGCACUCACUUCUUCCCUCAACCUCCGCUGCCGCCCCCUCUCCACCCCAAAUUUCCGGCCACUCGCCGCCCCCAAAUCCCUCCGCCUCACUCCUAGAUUCAAAUCUCCCAUCAAGAGCAGCGUCACCAAUUCCAACGAUCCACUCGGCGAAGAUCAAUUCCAAUUCCAAUUCACCGAACCCAAACCCUCCGUCUUCCUUCCCGCCCCGAAGCGAGCAGCCACAAAAGUCGCCUCCGCCUCCUCCUCGCCGGCUGUAUCUCCGCCUCCCCCACAGCCAUGGCAGGGGGCCGCGAUCAAGCCGCUCGUAGCUUCCAUCGCAGUCGGAGUUAUUCUCUGGUUUAUCCCAGCACCUAACGGCGUCUCCCGCAUCGCGUGGCAACUGCUCUCGAUUUUCUUAGCAACCAUAGUCGGAAUCAUCACCCAACCCUUGCCCUUGGGCGCCGUCGCAUUGAUGGGCCUCGGCGCGUGUGUCCUAACCAAAACCCUUACAUUUGCAGCUGCAUUCUCCGCCUUCGGAGAUCCGAUUCCAUGGUUGAUUGCACUUGCAUUCUUCUUCGCUCGAGGGUUUAUCAAAACCGGAUUAGGGAACCGAAUCGCCUAUCAGUUCGUCUCCUUAUUCGGGAGCUCGUCUCUAGGGUUAGGAUACAGUUUGGUUUUCAGUGAAGCCCUAUUAGCCCCCGCGAUUCCCUCGGUUUCCGCACGAGCCGGUGGGAUUUUCUUGCCGUUGGUUAAAUCGCUCUGUGUGGCUUGCGGUAGUAAUGUGGGUGAUGGAACAGAGGAGAAAUUGGGUUCGUGGCUGAUGCUUACGUGUUUCCAAACGUCUGUUAUUUCGUCUUCGAUGUUUUUGACGGCUAUGGCUGCCAAUCCGUUGGCUGCUAACUUAACCGCGAGUACCAUAAAUAUGACCAUUGGAUGGAUGGAUUGGGCUAAGGCUGCGAUCGUGCCUGGAUUGGUGUCGUUGAUUGUUGUGCCGUUGUUGUUGUAUAUAAUCUAUCCGCCGACAGUUAAGAGUAGCCCCGAUGCCCCUAAGCUUGCUAAGGAGAAGCUGGCGAAGAUGGGGCCCAUGUCGAAGAAUGAAAUCAUUAUGGCAGGAACUUUGCUUCUCACGGUCGGGCUCUGGAUUUUCGGAAGCGCCUUGAGUGUGGACGCAGUCACGGCAGCAAUUCUCGGUUUAUCGGUCCUACUUAUAACUGGGGUCGUCACUUGGAAGGAAUGCCUAGCUGAAUCAGUUGCUUGGGACACUCUUACUUGGUUUGCUGCACUCAUUGCAAUGGCUGGUUAUCUUAAUAAAUACGGUCUCAUUACCUGGUUCAGCCAGAGUGUUGUUAAGUUUGUGGGUGGAUUAGGUCUUUCAUGGCAGCUAUCUUUCGGCAUUCUCGUUCUUCUCUACUUCUAUUCCCACUAUUUCUUCGCCAGCGGAGCAGCUCACAUCGGCGCUAUGUUCACAGCAUUCUUAUCUGUAGCCAGUGCUUUAGGCACACCACCGUACCUCGGUGCAGUGGUCCUAGCCUUCCUUUCCAAUCUCAUGGGCGGAAUUACCCAUUACGGGAUUGGAUCUGCACCCGUUUUUUACGGUGCGGGUUAUGUUCCUCUCGCUAAAUGGUGGGGCUACGGGUUUUUGAUCUCCAUCGUCAAUCUUGUGAUCUGGCUUGGAGUCGGAGGUGCGUGGUGGAAGUUCCUCGGCUUAUGGUAGACCUGCGCACGGGGGAUUCAUUUGCUCUCGUAGAAUUUUAUGUCCGUUUCUGCAUAAUUUGCACCAUAUUCGGUUCCUCCUUUUCGAGAUCUUUCGAACCUUUUAUAAUGGAACCGAGAUUUUAGUAGCUUUGCCGGAGAGGGUCUUAGCUAGAUUUUUUUAUUUAUCGCCGUAUUUUGAGUUAAAUUUUUCAUUUCGAUUUACGCAAUCUAUGUGAUAUUAAA